CGUUUUAAAACAAGGUGUACAGUCAUACAAAGAGCAAGUAGUCGCUUCUUUGCUGCAACAAAACCAGUUCAGCUUUACAGAGAUUGCCAACAUGUACUCUCUGAAGUUUUACUUCCUUAUGGUUCUCCCAGUUAUAGCUUUCCAGGCCACGAAGGCUAAUCUAAUUAGUAAACGAGAUAUCUACCAGCUGUGUAAAAUAUUUACCACCUACACCAACCGCAACUGCAUGGAUUACUCGUACUACGGCUGCAGUUGUGGGCCAUUUAAAAGCGGGACACCCAUAGAUUGCGUCGACAGAUGCUGUUACCAAAAAAAGAAAUGCCACGCUGAACUGAAUUGUGGAGACCCGGUUGUGGAAGUCACUUGUGAAAACGGCGCUUGCAAAUGUACAGCUACCGAUACCAACUCCUGCGAAUACAAGUACUGCAUGUGUGACGUCGCCGCAGCCGAGUGCCUGGGCCGUCAAGUCUUCAACGAGUCACUCUUGAGGUACGAUUACUCCAACUGUGUGCAAGAGUUUAAAGACGCCCAAGACGAUUUGAAAUGCAAUGGAAUCUAAAAAACAGUCUGGAGAAUGUGUAUCAAGGAAACACGCUGACAUCAAAAUCUCUUUUUUGUUCAUCUUUUCCUUUUUAGUGCCCAAGACAUUGGGGUCGCUCUAUUUAGUUAAUACUGUUUAAAUUUAUCAAAAUUAUUGUUCACUUCGAAGACUUUAACACUAAACGCUUGCGUAUUUCUAAAAUAAAUUUCAGUUCCAGUU